CCGCCAUCAACCGAGCACCACACAUUCAAUCCUAGUUGCAGCAGUAUGCGUACUGAUUGGCAUUGCAAUCUGCUCGGCGUCUCCUCCUGAUAGCCUGCUGUGUCGUGGUAUUAGUUCACCGCAUCUCACGCCUUCGUGUUGCUCACCAUAGCCUGAAGCUGACUGCGUGAUCUAAGGGCAUGGCGACUAGCAGUCCGCGCAUACAGAGCUGUAGAUUAAAGCUGCAGCCGCUUCGGCUAGAUGCACUGAAUGAUGACGAACCGGAGUUGGGGGCUUAUCGCGUAAGCGAGUCCUGCCGUACCGCGAAUGCUGCUGUUUCUCGCAGGCCGCCGGUUCAUAAGGGAAGAGCUCACCCGGUACUUCAAACGAGCCACUCCACUGGUAACAUUGUAACAUUUCGUUUGGCGAAAGUUGAGCCGGUCGCGAAGCAGGCAGCCGUUGCGCCAGCAGGAGCAACAGCGGAACGCCGAUUUCUAGCCGCGGAUUCGCCGGGAAGUGCCGUGUUCACGCGAUGGGCUGGCUGCGACGACUACUACGCCGACGACGUCGACGACCCCUCCUGCGACGAUUGCGACGAUCGCGACGAGUGCGACGACCUCGGCGACGUCAUCGCCGGCGACGCCUCAAGCAGUAACAGCGACUUCGAAACGAACGACGUGGAUCAGCAUUUCAACAACUUCAGCCGAGCCAGCAGCUUCGCGGAAUUUUCCGCUGGAAUCUCAACCUCGGGGCGGCAUGCCCCUCACAGGAAGGCAAGCCAGUCGCAGCCCUUGACUCCCGCUGCAACGCGAGAGAAUCCGCGACGAAUUUCAAGCCAGUCGCAGGAGGGGUCGUCGACGAGGGGGCUGAAGGACGAGGCGUCCUCCCGCUUCACAGGACGAAUUUCAAGCCAGUCGCAGCCCUUGACUCGCGCUGCGCCGCGAGAGACGCCGCGAAAAACGCCGCGAGAGACGCCGCGUCCCUCAGCGCAUUUCCCGCCGUCCGCCGCCGCAGCCGCCGCCACAACCCGCCAGUUCCUGUGGUCGUGCGAGGAGUCGGAGGAGGACGAAAGCGCGGCGGAGGAAGCCGCUGUCGAGGCGCGCUUUGCGCGUUUCUCGGCGCCUUUUUCGGCCGGCGGCGACGGCGGCGCUGAUGGCGGCGGUGGUAGGGGAGCAGAUGGCAGAGGUGCGUUUAACGGGAGGUCUCAAAACGGGGAUGCGGUGUGCCACAGGCGGAGAACGCUGUCGUGGUCGGAUCUGUCUUCGUCGGAAAGCGAGGCGGACAACAACGAGGAUACUCUGACGGCGCGACGCGGCAGCAGACCCGUAGUGAUGUCGCGCGCGCCAGACUGGGGGAGAGACGGGGCGGGAGCGGCGGGCAAGGAGGGCAAGGCGGGCAAGGCGGCGGGCAUUGACGGCGGGGCGGAAGGGGCAGAAGGGGCGGAAGGGGCAGAAGGGGCGGAAGGGGCGGAUGGGGCGGAAGGGGAAGCGCGCAGGGGGCGGCGGAAGCGGAAUCUGAAGUACCGAGCCGUUGCGGCCGCAGCGGCGGCGGCGGCGGCGGGCGCGGCUUCUAUCUUGAAACGCAGCGGCAGCUUGAGGCGAGAAAAUAGCUUCAAAGAGGGAGGGGGAAGGGACCUCCGCGGAGACGGGCGCGUGGGGGAGGAAAGGACGGCAGCGGUUGGGGCAAGGGGGGGGGCAGCGGGCGGCCCAAUGCUGGCGGGAGCGCGGAUGCGCGCGGCUGCGGGGGUCGUGCGCGCGGCCAAUCCCGCGGAGGCGGGAAGGGGUUCCUCUGGAGGCGAGAGUCCGCGGAACGGCCGGCGGGGUCAACCCGAGGGUGUGCGGGGUGCGCGAGGUGCGCGGGGUGAGCAGACUCCGCGGACGCUUCGGACUCCCCGGUGUCAGACAGAGGGUGCGGGGAGCGCGCGGAGUGCGGGGAGUGCGGGGAGCGCGGGGAGCGCGCGUGAUGAGCGGAAUUCAAGGAAUCCGCGGAUGCCACGCUCCUGGAGCGACGCGUCUGGUAACCGCGGACUUGAAGGGCAUCUUGAAAACCGGGGGGCGGGACUCGAAGGGAGUGACGCGUCUGGAAACCAGGGGCUGGGGGAACUUGAAAAGUAUAUUUUCGAGGGGCCUCAGAAACGGACUCAGCAGACUCUGAAGUUGCCGCGCUCCGGGAUUAUGGCGCCUCAACAGCAGGGGUCAGGGCAACUUGAAGAGUCGGUUUCUGAGGUGCCACAGAAACGGACUCCGCAGACUCCGCAGAUGCAGGCGCCUCAACAGCAGGGGCCAGGGCAACUUGAAACCUUGGGGGCGGGACUUGGAGGGAGUGACGCUCCUCAACAGCAGCAGGGAUCCGGGCAACUUGAAGACUCUCUUUCUGAGACGCCUCAUGGACGGACGCCGCGGACGCCGCGGACUCCGCGGACUCCGCGCUCCGGGAUUAAGGCGCCUCAACACCAGGGGCCAGGGCAACUUGAACGUGCGCGGAUUCCGCCCACGGGGCAGAGCAGCAGGGGGAGCAGCACAGCAGUGGACGCCUUUAAGGCGCCUCAAGGGCAGUGCAGCAGUGGUAGCAGCAGUGGUAGGACAGCGACUAUUUUUGAGGCGCCUCCAAAGUCAGGGCAACUUGAACGAGCGCGGAUUCCGCCCACGGGGCAGUGCAGCAGGGGUAGCAGCACGGCGCGGGGCAGCGGCGCCGGGAAGGGGAACCUUGGGGGAACGAAUGGGGGAAUGGGGAGCCUUGGGGGAACGAAUGGGGGAAUGGGGAGCCUUGGGGGAACGAAUGGGGGAAUGGGGAACCUUGGGGGAACGAAUGGGGGAAUGGGGAGCCUUGGGGGAACGAAUGGGGGAAUGGGGAACCUUGGGGGAACGAAUGGGGGAAAGGGGAGCCUUGGGGAAAUGGAUAGGGAAAUGGGGAGCCUUGGGGAAAUGAAUGGGGGAAUGGGGAGGCUUGGGGGAAUGGAUGGGGGAAUGGGGAGCCUUGGGGGAAUGAAUGGGGGAAUGGAUGGGGGAGUGAAUGGGGGAAUUGGGAGCCUUGGGGGAAUGAAUGGGGGAGAGGGGAGCCUUGGGGGAACGAAUGGGGGAACGAAUGGGGGAAUGGGGAGCCUUGGGGGAAUGAAUGGGGGAAUGGAUGGGGGAAUGGGGAGCCUCGGGGGAGUACUCGGUAUGUGGAGUCGUGGACGUGCGGCGUCCAUGCCUGAGUCAGCUAUGCAGUCGCUGGUGAUCGGACGGCAAACAGCAACCCUCGGUAGUGUAACAGGCGCAGCAGCAGCUGGAAGUGACUAUAACGAAUCUCAGGGAACAGUGGAUGAGGCCGGGCUCGCGGCAGUGGCACUCGCUUGUGAGGCGGGAAGUGACUAUAACGAACCGGAGGAAGAGGCGGAGGAGGAGGAGGCUGGUUUCGUGGACCUCGCUUGGGACGCAGCCAACAGGGCUGCAGCAGCUUGGGGAGGAGCACCAGAUGCAGCAGGCGUGACUGUAACGGGGGGAGCAUCAGCACAGGGGGGCGCAUACGUGACAGGGGGAAGAGUGGCAGUAGGGGGGUCGGAGGAGGGGGGGGCGGGAGGGAGGACGCAGCGGCCGCUGGAGCGACAGCUGUCGAGGGCGCUUGUGAGCCUGAGGGAACGUAUAACGAGGACAGGGGCCCGGGGGGGAGUGGAGGGACAGGGGGGAGCGGGGGGGCAGGGGGGACAGGGGGGACAGGGGGGACAGGGGGAACAGGGGGGAUGGGGGGAACAAGGGGAACAGGGGGGAUGGGGGGAACAGGGGGAGCAGGGGGGACAGGGGGGAUGGGGGGAACAGGGGGGACAGGGGGGAUCAAGGAUGGGGAAAUGGUGCCACGUACCGAUGCGCAUGAGGAGGGAGUAGGAGAGAUGAUUCCCCUCCGGCGUACCGGGAUAAAAUAUUUCUGAGGCGCCUCAAAAACAGCUACUGAUAGGCCUGAGGUGGGGUUGGGAGUGGAAGAGAUUCAAGGAAGAUAUGGUGCCCCCUCCAGGAUCCAGCAUUUCGGGUCUGCCUGCCUGUCGUGACUGUUGAGUCAACUCAAAAGUCACCCUCAUUUUAAUGCCACACAACACCUUCGCCUUGGGGAAGAGUGGCGCCCCUCCAGCAUUUCUCCUCCACUGCUCAGCUCCUCACGUGAGGUGAGGAGUCUAUUUUUGAGGCACCUCGAACAUAGACUCCUCACGGAUGGCGCGCAUCCAGCACAUCACCUCCCUGCUCAGCUCCACUCCACACUACCUUUGUGUCCGCUCUUGUUUUGAUCUUGUAGAAGGUCAGAGCCUGGUUUCUGUUCAAGCCCUUGGCUAAAAUUACUAAGCCGGGCCUCGCUUGAAACUUGUAUUUCUUUGUUCUGGCUAAAGUUU